AUGGAGUUGCCUCCUCCGGGAAACCGGAGGGUUUCCAUCAGUAACCCUCAAGAGACACCCCACAGGCUUUCCACCGCCCAUGGCAUGAUGCCCGCCCGCUCGUCUAUGGCCUCCUCCACUGGCUCCCCGAAGCCCCACGCCCUGCCUGAUGCCCACAAGUCUUCCAUCGCGAGCAGUGUGCCAGGUGGGUCCAUGCUGCCCAGCUCCAUCCCCCAGAAGAGCGCCCUCUUCCUUCCGGAUGCCACCGCACAGCAGCGCAGAGGAUCCACCGUCUCCUCCGUGCGUUAUGCCGGCGAACAAGCCAAGCAACCGGUCGCGGACAAAGAGAAGGACAAGGAGAAGAAGGGCAAGAGCAAGGGCAAGAGCAAGAACAAGGGCGCAGGACUGCUGAACAUGCUAAGAAAAACUCUUCAAGGGUCUCAGAGUGAAGAAAUGGUAGUAACAAAUGAAACACCAAAUUUGGUACCGUUUGGAGAUGUGGUCGGCUGCCUGGCUGUUCACAUAAAGAGUUGUCGACAGUUUUCUCACAGAUUCAUUGUACAGCAACACGUUAAUCUGUUCAUUCGUAUCUGUAUAAAUCAUGUCACGAAAUGCACGAAACUCCGGAACUUGAAAGCCGCCAACAACGAAAAGAACCUUGUACUCAGGUUUGACGAAGUGAAGUAUUUUUCUGUACAGGUUCCCAGACGUCAAGAUGAUGAGAGGAAUAAUAUUUUUUUGGAGCUAAUGCAAGAUGGAGGAAGUACAGAAAGACCCGCCCUUUCCUUGGGCAGUGUUGAAGCACAUCUUUACGAAAUAAUACAGAAAGGCUGCUUCACCGAAGUCCUGCAGAUGAAACACAGAAACUCGUCUAUCUGCAGGGUGGAGGUGGAGUUCAUGUUUUCCUAUGGAACCUUUGGCUAUGGAUUUUCACAUCAGUUAAAACCUCUUCAAAAAAUCAUCGAGCCAUCCAUGUUUAUGAAGAUCGCCCCUCCUCCAGAAAGGACAGACCCUGUCACAAACGUCAUUACCCCGCAACGAGUCGAAUACCCAGCCUUCUUAUCCCCAGAAUUUAACGUUUCCGUCGGGGCUGCUGAAAGCAGCCACCCGAAUGCCGUGCGACUCGAAAAACUCCAGGAGAAACCCCGGGAAAGGUUGGAAAAAAUGAAAGAGGAAUAUAAAAAUCUAAACACAUGGAUGGAAAAAUCUGAGUAUUUAAGAAACCUUAUUACUCCAAAAGUGGCUUCCAAAGUUUCAGAGGAACCUAGUUUGAAUGAAUUAUCUGAAGUAAAUUCUAGUCUGUUCGAAGAUAUGUAUGGAAGUAUAUCACAUGAUUUCCAUCACAGAAAAUCUGAACAUAUUUCACAUGAGUUUGUGGACAAGGGCGAUAAGGAAGGCCGGGGAAUACCAGUUGUGAAACUGGUGGACCAAGAUUUCUCAGAGUACACUCUUGCUGAAAGUGGGGAAUCCACACCGGGAGACAUCCCGCUGCCCCCUAUCCACACCCUGCAGAUAAUAGAGGAAGAUGAGACACCACGCGCACAAGCAGCUCCUGAGUGUGAAGACGUUCCCUACGAAGAGAGGAAAAGUGUAGCGUUUCCACCGGAUCACAGUCUAAUCCCCAAACGUCCCAGCAUUUUAAGAAUAGCCUCAUCUCUGCAGGAGGCUAAGCAUAAGAAGGAAAAAGUUCCUCAUUUUUCAGAUGAGAUAGUCGUAUCUGACAAGCCCCUGGGACAAGAAAACACUAAUCAAAAGGGAAAACCUCCCACCCAGUUAAGACAAACUUGGGAAAGACAUCCUACGGACCUUACCAGUAGUCUCCGAAAGGUGGCUUUUGUGCAGAAGGAGUAUACUACACCUGUUUUCAGAGCGGACUCUAGAGAAUUCAAACCAAAAUAUCAGUUUCAGAAACUCAUCAAGAGUGGUCUUGAUCCUUUUCUAAGGAACAUAAACAGCAAAAUGCCAUUCAGAAAGAAGAAAGGCCAAGGCGCACACAGAUCUCCAAGCAUUUCAAGUGCAGAUGACGCAGAACACGAAGACCAAGACCCUCCUUACACAGAACAUUCAAGGUCUGCAGGAUCUCACACAUCCUGGGCUGAAGAUCCUAACCUCGCCACAAUCCACAUGGAAAACCAGAAAAGUAACUUGCCUCCUGAACAUACUACCACCAACACAAUGAUUGCAGACAGGAAGAAUACGUUGUCACAUGAUCCUACUCUCAACACAACAGACACAUCAGAUAUAAAGAAAAUAUUCACCAGUGAUCAUCCCGUUUACACCAUAACAAAGUUAUCAGAUACGGAUUAUAAACUGUCGACUGACCCUAGUUCCAAUACGGCAAAGCCUUCAGACACCAGACUAUCCAGUGUUCAUAGUUCAAAUACAACAAAGCCUUCAGACACCAGGCUAUCCAGUGUUCAUAGUUCAAAUACAACAAAGCCUUCAGACACGAUGUUAUCCAGUGCUCCUAGUUCCAAUACGGCAAAGCCUUCAGACACCAGGCUAUCCAGUGUUCAUAGUUCCAACACGGCAAAGCCUUCAGACACCAGACUAUCCAGUGCUCCUAGUUCCAACACGGCAAAGCCUUCAGAUACAAGACUAUCCAGUGUUCAUAGUUCCAAUACGGCCAAGCCUUCAGACACCAGGCUAUCCAGUGUUCAUGGUUCCAACACGACAAAGCCUUCAGACACAAUGUUAUCCAGUGCUCAUAGUUCGAAUACGGCAAAACCUUCAGACACCAGGCUAUCCAGCGUUCAUAGUUCUAAUACGGCAAAACCUUCAGACACCAGACUAUCCAGUGCUCCUAGUUCCAACACGGCCAAGCCUUCAGACACCAGGCUAUCCAGUGUUCAUGGUUCCAACACGACAAAGCCUUCAGACACAAUGUUAUCCAGUGCUCAUAGUUCAAAUACGGCAAAACCUUCAGACACCAGGCUAUCCAGCGUUCAUAGUUCUAAUACGGCAAAACCUUCAGACACCAGACUAUCCAGUGCUCCUAGUUCCAACACGGCAAAGCCUUCAGACACCAGGCUAUCCAGUGCUCCUAGUUCCAACACGGCCAAGCCUUCAGACACCAGGCUAUCCAGUGUUCAUGGUUCCAACACGACAAAGCCUUCAGACACAAUGUUAUCCAGUGCUCAUAGUUCCAAUACAGCAAAACCUUCAGACACCAGGCUAUCCAGCGUUCAUAGUUCGAAUACGGCAAAGCCUUCAGACACCAGGCUAUCCAGUGUUCAUAGUUCAAAUACGGCAAAGCCUUCAGACACGAUGUUAUCCAGUGCUCAUAGUUCCAAUACAGCAAAACCUUCAGACACCAGGCUAUCCAGCGUUCAUAGUUCUAAUACGGCAAAGCCUUCAGACACCAGGCUAGCCAGUGUUCAUGGUUCCAACACAGCAAAGCCUUCAGACACAAUGUUAUCCAGUGUUCAUAGUUCAAAUACGGCAAAGCCUUCAGACACCAGGCUAUCCAGUGUUCAUAGUUCCAACACGGCAAAGCCUUCAGACACCAGGCUAUCCAGUGCUUGUAGUUCCAAUACAGCCAAGCCUUCAGACACAAGACUAUCCAGUGUUCAUAGUUCUAACACGGCAAAGCCUUCAGACACCAGGCUAUCCAGUGUUCAUAGUUCGAAUACGGCAAAGCCUUCAGACACCAAGCUAUCCAGUGUUCAUGGUUCCAACACAGCAAAGCCUUCAGACACAAUGUUAUCCAGUGUUCAUAGUUCAAAUACGGCAAAGCCUUCAGACACAAUGUUAUCCAGUGUUCAUAGUUCCAAUAUAGCCAAGCCUUCAGACACCAGGCUAUCCAGUGUUCAUAGUUCCAACACGGCAAAGCCUUCAGACACCAGGCUAUCCAGUGCUUGUAGUUCCAAUACAGCCAAGCCUUCAGACACAAGACUAUCCAGUGUUCAUAGUUCCAAUACAGCCAAGCCUUCAGACACCAGGCUAUCCAGUGUUCAUAGUUCGAAUACGGCAAAGUCUUCAGACACCAGACUAUCCAGUGUUCAUGGUUCCAACACGACAAAGCCUUCAGACACAAUGUUAUCCAGUGUUCAUAGUUCCAAUACAGCAAAGCCUUCAGACACCAGGCUAUCCAGCGUUCAUAGUUCGAAUACGGCAAAGCCUUCAGACACCAGGCUAUCCAGUGUUCAUGGUUCCAACACGGCCAAGCCUUCAGACACAAUGUUAUCCAGUGCUCAUAGUUCCAAUACAGCAAAACCUUCAGACACCAGGCUAUCCAGCGUUCAUAGUUCCAAUACAGCCAAGCCUUCAGACACCAGACUAUCCAGUGUUCAUAGUUCCAAUACGGCAAAACCUUCAGACACCAGGCUAUCCAGUGUUCAUAGUUCAAAUACGGCAAAGCCUUCAGACACGAUGUUAUCCAGUGCUCAUAGUUCCAAUACAGCAAAGCCUUCAGACACCAGGCUAUCCAGUGUUCAUAGUUCCAACACGGCAAAGCCUUCAGAUACCAGGCUAUCCAGUGUUCAUAGUUCCAACACGGCAAAGCCUUCAGACACAAGACUAUCCAGUACACAUAGUUCCAAUACAGCAAAGCCUUCAGAUACGAGGCCAUCCAGUGUCCCUAGUUCCAAUAUGGCAAAGCCUUCAGAUACAAGGAUAUCCAGUGCUCCUAGUUCCAAUUCAUCACAGACUUCAGUCCCUAAUAGGUUGUCCCAUAAUCCUAGUAUCAUUUCAACAAAGUCUUCAGAUAUUAAGAAUACGUUGUCCCAGGAUCCUAGUACCAUUCUGAUGAAGCCUUCCGAUGUUAGUAUUUUGAGUCACGAUUCUAGCAAUAAUGCCAAAAAGUCUUCAGAUACUAGCACAUCGUCCCGAGUUCUUAGUAUCAUAUCAACAAAGUCUUUAGAUAGUAAGAACAAGUUGCCAGGUGGUAACCUUACCGCCCAUUCAGAUCUGACUACCAACACAGUCAGAACUCCAGCUUCUAGGGAUAAGUUAGUGCGGGAUCCCGCUGUCUUCACAGUGUACUCUUUGGAUAUGCAGCUACCAAACGUACCUUUCCCAAACUACCAAAAAGAAUCGUCCUUGCCUGAAAAUGUAAACAUCUAUCACCCCUCGAGCUCAACCAAGUUGACCUCUGAUGCUGAAAAUAGAAGACCGUCCAUAGCACUCAAAUCAAUUUUCAGUAGGAAUCUGCAAGACCUUUCAGACGAGUUAUUUUCUAAGCCGGACGUUGACACAAACACUGCCGAGGCAAUACAGGGAAGCUCCUCUCUGUCUCUAAGUGUGCACGACAGGCCCUCAAAUGGGGUGGAAGACAAAGUGUUUGAAAAGGUCCAAGACAUAAAGAACUGGCUUUCAUCCAAAGAUAUUCUAAAUUCACAGGCUCUUUUAAGUCCUGUGGUUAAAAGUGUUCCUCAAGAUGUAUUUCCGGAAGGUGGACCGCGAACAUCUUCAGACAUAGAAGAUGUCUCCGGCAAACCCUUAGAGGCUGCUGAAAUAAAUUUUCCAACGAACAGAAAGAGCAGCUUUAAAACAAAACAUUUAGUAAGCGAAGUAUCAAGCUCCAGUCUGGGUUUAAAUGGUGGUAUCUAUGAAUACAUCAUUAAGCAAAUAUUCACUGGGCCCCUAUUAUCGCACCUGGAGGCAGGGAUGGCGCUGAGUGAGGCACAGACGGCCGUGCAGAAACAGCUGCUCGCUUCCUCGGAGAGAAGUUCAUCGUCACAGAUUGAUAACUAUGAAGAAGACAGCAAUGAAGUUCCUUUGUCGCCGGCCAAAUCUAGUAUAAGCAGAAUUUUACAGUCUUUUCCUGUAGAAACUCUCUUAGAAUCUGGGAUGAUCAGCGUGACAGAACUAGAAAAAGAGAACCAGAGCUCUUUGUUGGACAGACAGACGGCCUCUCCUGAGGACAAGGUGCAGAACCCGACGGAGCAGCACUCUAACGUCAAAAGCCAAACAAAGCUGCUUUCAAGACAGACUACGCCUACUACUCAGCCCACAGACACCUUUGUGAGUGGAGCUGAUUACAAAGAAGACAGCCAAAGAGUAGACAAACAGUCAGACUUCCCGAAUGAGCACCAGCAUCUGGAUACAGAGGAGGCUGGGCUAAGUUCCACGUUAGAGACUUUAAGUAGCAGCUUCGUGGGCAAACUUAAAGACAUAGAUGCAGUAAUGUUAAAAUCCUUCCUAAAAAAUAUCUUCAAGGCGUUCUUCAAAUAUAAUCAGUCAGAGAAAGAGCUUGACAGACUAAUUCCACAUUCUUCACCCCACGGUGCAGAACACCUAGAAAAAAUUCAAGGGGAUUUUAACAGAGCAGACAGAGUAGACAGGAAGGCCACUUUGGAUCCGAAACUGUGUGGGCUUCUAGAGAAACUGUCAGAGUCAGAAGUCAAAACUCUGAAGGUCGAGUUAGGUAAGCACAUUCAGCAUUACCUUAUAGAAAGGCUCUCGGAGGUGGGCCACAUCACCAAGGAGGAUUUACCAAAAGUUUACGGAAACCUGGGUCAGAUAAACGAGAAAGCAGAGGCCAAAGAGCCAAGCCCUCCCCAGGACAAGUAUUCGGAAACCAUCAAGGAAGUUGUGUCUUUUGUGAAGAGUUUCAACCAUCACUUUGUAGAUAAACACUUAGAAACAAAACUUCGAUCUUUUCUAAAUGAAAUUCUCCAAAAAUGUUUCCUGAAGAAUCUUUCAGGGAGCAAUUUAUUCAAUGAGGCAGAUAGCAUGGCUCUCCGCCCCAGCCUGUCCUCGCUGAGAAGUAAGAGUACCCCAAGGUGUUUGCCUGAGCUGGAACAAGACACUGCCAGUGGGGGUUUGGGUUCAAAGCUUAAAAUAAACAUGAAAUACCCUUUAAGUGAAUCUCUACAAAAUUGCCUCAAUGUUUUACCAGAAAAUGAAUUAUUAGGUCUAAAAACGGAUUUGAAUAAAUACGUCCAGGUUCUCUUUAUAGAAAAACUUCAGAAAUCAGGACUAAUUACAGAAAAACAGCUAGAGGGGAUCAGCCAGCAAGUUAAUUCUCUUGAUUCAUCUUCCAGGUCAUUAAACUACAUAAAACCGGAUUUACCUCUUAGAGAUGAAAGUUACUUUAUAAGGGAGGAUUCAGAAAAGCAAAAGAAAUAUCCAAAAGUCUGUCAAAAUCCCAUGUCACCAACAUUUCUCGAAGAUCCAUGCGGAGAAAAAGAACUGACCCGAGAGGAAGAGAAGGGGGGCUCUUUCUCACACAGUUUGAAAGAAAAUCCACCAGCAGUUUGGGAACAUAAGCAUGUUUAUAGUAGGGAAGUUAAAACACUAAUAAAAGUACAACCUCAUCCCAAUAAAAAUAUCCAGGCAAAUCCAUUAAACAAGUCACCAGAAAGACUUGCAGAUCUAUUACUUAAGAAACACCAGAAAGAUCAUGGUUUCCUGCAACUUCCUCAAGCAGAAAACUCUGUUUACAAAGCAGAGACUCAAGAGUCCUACAGCUGGGAUGGUAGAUCAAAACCAAUUCAAUCAAAACUUUGCUUUGAAAAGACACUAAGAGCGAAGUCACUUGACAAAAGGGAGAGCAAUAACAUCUGUAAAUUGCUUGCUCAGGAAAAACCCGAUACGGGAUUGCCACCUUAUCUGAAGCUUCCUACCUCCAAAAUGUCAAGAGAAAAUGAACACUUAAAUAGACUCCCCUUCCCUACCUGGCGGAAUAACACUUUCCUUUAUGUCAACACAGAGAGUGGGGAACAAUCAAAACUAGACAAGUACUGUCAAAAGUGGAAAGGAAAUAACAACAACAAUAAAAAACACUUGGUAACGUUUGCACAAUUCAAAAACGAAAUGGAAACUCUUUAUACAAACCCGUACGAAGCUUGCCGUGAAAAAUGCACCAAGAUCUCUGAAUCGCCGCCGUUCGAAAACAAAGAAGAUAGGAGAAACUCACGGCCACCCUUCUUCCCAGAAGUACUGAAGAGAGAAAACAUGAAAUCCAAAAGAAGAGAUUACACCAUCAAACCGAAGAAGUCAUUUUACAAGCUAGUUAGGAUACUGCCAGCCACACUGCCCACAAGACCUCACCUCCGGAAGUCUGUCCCAAGGACUUUGCUUCACUGGACUGCAAGGAGAACUAUACACGACUGUUUGGAUAGAUUCGACGAUUUACACAUGCCUUCAGUCAAACAUCCUAAAAACUCAAAAUCAAGAGCCAGACUUUUAGGCAAGAGUCCAGACGAUCCCCACAACCAGGCAAAGCACUGUGCACGACCCUUCACUGCGCCAGAGCCGAACAAACGCCGAGAAAGUGUUGCUGGGAAAUUCGCAAGUCCUCGGAUGGUUUCAACGGGCUUAGUUCAUAUACACGAUACCACCCCAGAGUACGAGAUACGUAAAAUACGGUCCAAAAGAAAAUUAAAAGAGAAUAUUGAAAAACGUCCACUCAUUUGUGAUAUUAUCCAGAUGCUAGAUACUAUAGGGUGA